GCUCUUGCCCUUCAACUAAAUCUCAGCAGGCACCAGUAUAGCCUCUCUCUCUCUCUCUCUCUCUCUCUCUCUCUCUCUCCACAUACUACACUCCCAUGCAUAACACGUUCAGUUUGUUGUUCACUUCAAUUCCAACCAACCACUAUAACAUAACUCUUUUGUAGACCCCCAUCAACAUACAUUCACCACCCUCACUGCCACUCUCUCUCUCUCUCUCUCUCUCUCUCUCCAUAUAAUGAACUGCAUACAAACAUGGCCGGAGCCCAUAGUCCGAGUCCAAUCACUCUCCGACAGCGGCAUAACCGCCAUCCCCGAACGGUACAUCAAACGAAUCUCCGACCGGCCUUCUUCUUCGCCACUCCAAUCACUGGCGGCGGGUGACAACAUCAAUAUCCCCGUGAUCGAUCUCUCCAACGUAUUCUCCAACGACUCCUCCAUCCGCAACCACACGCUGAGUCUCAUCUCAAGCGCGUGCCGAGAGUGGGGUUUCUUUCAGGUGGUAAAUCACGGAGUGAGCCACGAGCUAAUGAGCCGCACCCGGGAGGCAUGGCGCGAGUUCUUCCACCUCCCUCUGGAGGUGAAACAGGGCUACGCGAAUUCUCCAGCGACGUACGAGGGUUACGGAAGCAGGCUAGGUGUGGAGAAAGGGAUGAAGUUGGAUUGGAGUGACUAUUUUUUCCUCCAUUUGCUUCCUAACACAAUGAGGGACCAGAAUAAGUGGCCUAAGCUCCCUCUAGAGUGCAGGGAUUUGGUAGCAGAAUAUGGUGAGGAAUUGGUGAGGCUAUGUGGGAAAUUGAUGAAAGUAUUUUCAACAAAUCUUGGAUUGGAACAAGAUUACCUCCAGAAAUCUUUUGGUGGGGAGGAAAUAGGUGCUUGCCUAAGGGUUAACUUCUACCCAAAGUGCCCACAACCUGACCUCACUCUGGGCCUCUCCCCGCACUCGGACCCCGGCGGCAUGACCCUCCUCCUCCCCGACGAGGACGUCUCCGGCCUCCAAGUCCGGCGAGGUGAUAACUGGGUCACCGUCAAGCCUGCCCCCAAUGCCUUCAUCGUCAACAUUGGUGAUCAAAUUCAGGUGCUAAGCAAUGCAAAAUACAAGAGUGUGGAGCACAGGGUGAUUGUGAAUUCAGCAAAGGAGAGAGUAUCGCUUGCCUUCUUCUACAAUCCCAAUGGCAACAUUCCCAUUGAACCUGCCAAGAUGCUGGUAACAGAGGACAAGCCACCACUGUACAAAGCGAUGACGUUUAACGAGUACAGGUUGUUCAUCAGGACGAGGGGCCCGUGCGGCAAAUCGCAAGUUGAAUCGCUAAAAUCUCCAUGCUGAGGCGUUAUUUGAUAACCCAAUUCGGCACGGAGACUCCUCACGCUUGAUGUGAGGUUCACGCGUAUGCCCGUUAUAGCAUGAUGCCCUCGGGGUACAAAAUAAGUUUUUCUCCUCACUUUAUCAUGUAAAUUAUGGCUUUGAAUUAGGUUAAUCGUCGAAUGUAAUAGAACCAAAUGCUACAGCAGAUAAAUGCGUACAAAUUCGGACACAAAUGCAAGUGAGUCCUGCAAGGUCGAUAUGGAGCCCCGCACACAUUGGACGGUUCUGAAUGCAUUUGUGUUGGGAUUUAUGCACAUCUAUUUGUGUUCGUAAUAUGUUUGUGUUUUCUUAAAAUCGGAAAAAAAAAAAAAAGAGAGAGAGAGCAAAAGAGGAAAAAAAAAAAAAAAAGAAGUGUCUUUUCAUGCCAAUAUCCUUAUUGAUGUGUUACACAAUACACAUCUUUUUCACUACAGUAAUAGCUAGUCGUUUUGGAUCAUCGCAAUGCUUCAUUCUAAUUUGUUCAUCUUGGUUU